CCUAAGAUGAAACAGCUGGGCAUCCUAAUUGUUUUGAUUUUAGUUCCACUAUGUACCCAGGAAAAAGAAGAAGGCCAUGGUGAGGCUGUCAAUGAACCAGUGCCUGGCUGCGACAAUGGACUGGAUGAGGGCUAAUAAACUGAGGCUCAACCCAGACAAGAUGAAGAUGCUGUUAGUGGGUGGUUCUUCUGACCGGAUGGUGGAUGCCCAACCUGUCCUGGAUGGGUUUGCACUCCCUUGGAAGGAGCAGGCCCUUGAGAGCUGCUCCCUACGAAACGUGCCUCGUGGCGAAAGCUGUGGGAGUCCCAGAGCUGGCCUGGUUUACUCCUCUUCCCUCAGGGGCUGCACCAUGGCCUCAGAGGCACCGUCCGGAUUGUCUCUUCUCUGGGAUAGAGUGGAAAGAGCAGUUGGGCAGCCCCAUCAGCAUCUGUUGCCCUUCCAGGAUCUGGUGACCUUUGAGGAGGUGGCCGUGUAUUUCACGGAGGAGGAAUGGGCCCUGCUGGAUCCUGGCCAAAGAGCUCUGCACAGGGAAGUCAUGGAGGAGAAUUAUGAGACGGUGGCCUCUCUGGGAUACAUCUGGAGGGUCAAGGCUGACGGAGAACCAUUUGAAGUAUCACUGGAAAAAUCUGAGGAGCAGGUGCAGGAGCAGAAACUGAGGAGUCAAGAUAGAGCAAAGAGACAAGAGGAGAGACAAACUCACACACGAGACAAAUCUUAUAAAUGCUUGGAGUGUGGAAAGAGCUUCAGUCAGAGUGGCACCCUUACUUCGCAUCAAAGAACUCACACAGGGGAGAAACCUUCUAAAUGUUCCGAGUGUGGAAAGAGCUUUAAGUGGAGUAGUGCCCUUACGCUACAUCAGAGUACUCACACAGGGGACAAACCUUAUACAUGCUUGGAGUGUGGAAAGAGCUUCAGUCGGAGUGACACCCUUACUUCGCAUCAAAGAACUCACACAGGGGACAAACGUUAUAAAUGUUUCGAGUGUGGAAAGAGCUUUAAGUGGAGUAGUGCCCUUACGGUACAUCAGAGUACUCACACAGGCGACAAACGUUAUACGUGCUUGGAGUGUGGAAAGAGCUUCAGUCAGAGUGGCCGCCUUACUUUGCAUCAAAGAACUCACACAGGGGACAAACCUUAUACAUGCUUGGAGUGUGGAAAGAGCUUCAGUCAGAGUGGCACCCUUACUUCGCAUCAAAGAACUCACACAGGGGACAAACCUUAUACAUGCCUGGAGUGUGGAAAGAGCUUCAGCUGGAGUAGCGCCCUUAGGGUGCAUGAAAGAACUCACACAGGGGACAAACCUUAUAAAUGCUUGGAGUGUGGAAAGACCUUCAAUCAGAAUAGCUACCUUACUUCGCAUCAAAGAACUCACACAGGGGACAAACCUUAUACACGCUUGGAGUGUGGAAAGACCUUCAGUCGGAGUAGCACCCUUACUUCGCAUCAAAGAACUCACACAGGGGACAAACCUUAUACAUGCUUGCAGUGUGGAAAGAGCUUCAGUCACAAGUCAAAUCUGAAUUCCCAUCAAAGAAUUCACACUGGGGAGAAACCAUAUAAAUGUUUGGAAUGUGGAAAGAGCUUCCGUUGGAAACACUUACUCACUGCCCACCAAAAUGUUCACACUGGGCAGAAACCAUAUAAGUGCCUAGAAUGUGGAAAGAGCUUCUCUCAGAAUAGCAAUCUGACUUCCCAUCAAAGAAUUCACACUGGAGAGAAACCAUAUAAGUGCUUGGAAUGUGGAAAGAGCUUCAGAUGGAAUCAUCAACUCACUUCCCAUCAAAGUAUUCACACUGGGGAGAAACCAUAUAAAUGCUUGGAAUGUGGAAAGAGCUUCAACUGGAAAAGCCAUCUCACUUCCCAUCAAAGAAUUCACACCGGGCAGAAACCAUAUGAGUGCUUAGAAUGUGGAAAGAGCUUCCGUCAGAAGACACAUCUGAGUUGCCAUCAAAGAAUUCACACCAGAGAGAAACUAUAUAAGUGCUUAGAAUGUGGAAAGAGCUUCACUUGGAAAGAGCAACUCACUGCCCAUCAAAGAAUUCACACAGGGGAAAAACCGUAUAAAUGCCUGGAAUGUGGAAAGAACUUCAGUACAAAUGCCUUUCUCACUGCCCAUCAAAGAAUUCACACUGGAUCCUGCAUCACAACAUCCACCAUCAGGGAGCAGAGAUUCCUUCCCCCCUCCUCUUGA